UAUAUGCGAGCCUCCAAGGCACGCAACCAAACGACGAGCACGAGCAGUGCAAGCCAAGCAUUCUAUUCAGGCUCUCGAUCUCCCUCUCUCUUCUUCCUCUAUCUUCUCGGUGAGUUCGUUGUCGCUGCAUCCGAGAUCUUUUUGUGGGUUCGGCCAUGGAGAUGAUGAUCGACGCGGAGCUGCGUCUCGGCCCGCCCGGCGGCGAUGUCACGGUCGUGCAGCCGGCAAGGAAGCCGGCGGCGGCGAAACGGUCGUCGUCGGCGGUGAAGAGCGAGGCCUCCGGGACCGGUGGCCAUGACGACGACGCCGCGCCGGCCUCCAAGGUGCAGGUGGUGGGGUGGCCGCCGGUGAGGGCGUACCGGAAGAACGCGUUCCAUGCGGCGGCGGAGGCAGCGUCGGCGAGGACGACCAAGCAGGGUGGUGAGCAGCAGGGGGGGCUGUACGUGAAGGUGAGCAUGGACGGAGCGCCCUACCUCCGGAAGGUGGACCUUCGGACGUACGGCGGGUACAGGGAGCUGAGGGACGCGCUGGACGCGCUCUUCGGCUGCUUCUCCUCGGCGGCGGCCGACGGCGGCUGCCAGUUCGCCAUCGCCUACGAGGACAAGGACGGCGACCUCAUGCUCGCCGGCGACGUGCCAUGGGAUAUGUUCAUCUGUUCUUGCAAGAAGCUGAGGAUCAUGAGGGGCUCCGAAGCAAGAUGAUCCGAGUGUCGACGUCCAUCGCGAGAAUUUGUUGGACGCGUGUGGAUCAGAUGUAUAGGUCAUCAUCUGGUCAGACUCACGAGAGAUCUAUCGAUCAUUCGAUGGAUGCGCAUGGUGCUCCAUCAAUCUACGAGUACAGACAUGGGGUUGAAGGCGUCGGAUGGAUACCUGCAUGGGGAGGGCGGCGGCCAGCCCAUACAUGCAUGCCUAGGUGCAUCGUGUUCUACGGCCAGGUUGCCAUACACGAACACACCCACACAUGCACAUGUAUAUAGGUGACGGCGGGGUACUCAUCAUGCUGCCCCUUGUCAUCAGAUGGGCGGUGCUGUGUUGGUCUGCAGAUCACACACAUUCAGCCAAGUAGUGGAGGGGAUGAACUAGGAUCUGUGUACAUAUGAUGAAGCUGUUUCAUUUGUAAUUUUGAAUUUCCCUUUUUGUAUGAGUGAACAAAGUUUGAUGCUGAGCGAAAUAUGUGCAAGAAACGAGAGGGAAAUUUGAUUUCAAAUAAAAUUGUAUCGAUGUUCUUUUCUUCUUAGUACAUCUCCUGUGUGAUGACAAAAGUAAAAAAAAAAACUUUUGUGCCAA